UUCGAGAGAUUGAAAGAGAGGAAUGAAUGUGUUGUUGUUGUGGUUGGCGUAUGUUACAGUUACAAGUACAAAGUCACAACAAGUACAAGUUAUAUCACAAUUGUAGUGCUCUUUCUGCACUCAUGUUACCACAAUCACUCUCACCCUUUCGUCCUCUUUCUUCUUCUUCAUUUUCCCAACCAAUAGUUCCAGAACAACAACAACAACAACAAAAGCCACAACUACGAAGCUCACAACUUGUCUCAUUGGAAUAUGCUGACCUCAACCUCUCUUACGAUUUGAAUCUGGGUCAUGGCAGAAUCAGGCAACAUGUCAAUCCUUUCAGUCCUUCUUUCUCUACUCCUGCACAAGUACCAGACUGGAACCAGGUCUUUGCAGACCCUACAUUGCCACUCAUGGUGGAUAUUGGAUGUGGAAGCGGCAGGUUUCUUAUGUGGCUUGCAAAAAGAACACCUAAAGUGAGAAAUUAUUUGGGAUUGGAAAUACGGCAAAAGAUGGUCAAGCGUGCUGAGGUAUGGCUAAAAGAUCUGGCUCUGGAUAACAUACAUUUCUUGUUUGCAAAUGCCCCAAUUUCUUUCAAGCAGUUGGUAGAAUCAUAUCCUGGACCCUUGCAGUUAGUUUCAAUUUUGUGUCCAGACCCUCAUUUCAAGAAAAAACAUCAUAAAAGAAGAGUUUUGCAGAAGCCUUUAGUUGGUGCUAUCGUAGAUAAUUUAUCUCCUGGAGGACAGGUGUUUAUACAAUCCGAUGUGCUUGAAGUGGCACUUGACAUGAAAAACCAGCUUGAUGAAGUUAAUGCACUUAGUCACAUAGAUGCUUUGAACCCUGAUAUAUUGUGUGAUAGUGAAGGAUGGUUAUUAAGCAACCCUAUGGGGAUUAGGACUGAGAGAGAGAUUCACGCAGAAUUCGAAGGAGCGAAAAUCUAUCGAAGGUUGUACGAGAAGAAGCAGAUGUGAUUGCUUUGUCAAGCUUGAAUUCAAUCCUGUCUUAGAAUGCUUGCCAGUAUUUUCUCUCUUGCUGCUGGAUAUUCAUUUAUUCCCUUUUUCUUAUAGUGGGUUCUGUAUUUUGAAAUAUUUAUUUGUUUUGUAACUUAAGAAAGAAAAAUACUUACAAAUUUGUAGGUUUUAUCGAGAAGUUACAUGAAAGAGUUUAUGGAAAAGAUUAUAGUUAAAAUUA